AUGAGUGAGUCGCACCUGCUGCCCCAGGCCACCUCCGGUGUUGUGGUCCCUGGGGCGGCUUUCCUAGGAGCCGGCGAUCCGCAGGGUGGUGGCAAGAGUCAUGGAAACUAUGCAGAUGGGACAGUCUUCCGAAUCGGAUUGGCAAAUGGGUUUGGCAGAGCCCAGCGACACAGUAGGACGGCCCAAUCUGACCAGAAGCCCCUGUGCAGAGGCGGCUGCUGGGGACAGCCAGGUCACCCCAACACGGGUCGGGCCCCUGCACGUCCCACUUCCCACCCCGUGGGUCACAGGCCUCGAAUGUGCAUCCUGCCAUGUGGAGACCAGACCACAGGUGGCCAAGCCCUGUGUCGGGAAAUGGGCCUGGGGCCCUGGGCGGCCGGCACUCACUUCCUGGCUAUCUCUAUCACCACAUGGGGCAGAAAGAUGCCGGCCUGGAUUUCCGAGCUCCUCAACAGCUCAGGAACAGCGCCGUCGCUUGCCAACGCAGUGUGCGAGGCACAGACCAUUCCAGGGCCUGGCCUGCACCCACAGGGCACUCCUGUCACACGGGCCCCUUCUCACAAGGCGACACCGUCCACCUCCAAUCCCUGGGGUCAGAACAGAUACAUGCACCCCAAAAAGGGGGUCAGUGGGGGCCCCUCGCCGCCGCCCCUUGCCGCCUCCCGAUCUGGUCAAACUCCCGGGCACGAGCCCCGCGUGCAGGCGCCGGGCCUGGGCUCCUGUGGCCGUCCCGCCAGCGCCCGUCUUCCGUCCCUGCAUUUAGAGAAGGGCGAUGCUGCUGCCGCGGGCGGCGACCGCACAGACGUCCCCUCUGCCAUUGCUGCGGGACUGGGAAGGACGCCGGAGGGACACAGCCUCCCCCUCCAGUGCCCCGAACUCCCUGGGUCCACCCCGGCUCCCAUGGUGGGGAGGGGCCGGCUUGGAGCCCCCAUGGGACAGAGUGGAGGUGGGAUAAGUGCCUGGAGCUGGCCAUCAUGUGCGAACGUUUUGCUCCCGGCUGAGGCCUCCCGCACCGUCCUGUCUGUAUUGUGGACUGGGCAGCUCUCAGUGGGGUCAGCUCUGCCCCCAGGGGACGCUGGCCAGCAAGUGGAGACGUCUGUGGUCUUGGCUGGUGUUGCCGCAGGCAUCUGGCUGGUGGAGCCCAGGGAGGCUGUCCCGGCCCCUGCAACCCGCAGGAGAGUCCCGCCGUGGAGGAUGGCCAGCCCUGAGUCCGCAGUGCCCGGGACCCCUGCCUGCCCUGGGCAGAUCCCCGGGGCCACGCGGUUCAGGCCGUGCUCCUGCCCGCUGGGGUCUCCUGCCGUCCUCGCCAUCACCACUGGGUGGAGCCACAGGUCCGUGUGA